CCAUCCAGGGUUUUGAUGAAGGCUAUCCUGGGAACUCUGUGUACAAGGUGGAAAUACACCCUGAAUAGUAUCUCCAUGCAUCUCAGUGUUGUCUCAUUCCAUCUCGAAUUCUUUCAGUUUAUACUUAAAACCUGUUGUGUGACUUUGUUCUCUUUCUCCUCAAAAAACCGGUUCUACCAUGAGGUGUGUCGAGUGAAUAAAAACAAUUGUCUAAGGAGGUGUACCUUCAGUCCAGCUGGCAUCAUGAAGCUUCUCCUGUGUACCUUUUUCCUGGUGCUCCUGGGAAGCACCUCUGUACAUUCUCUGCAAUGCUACACGUGUAGCAAUGGGGACUGUAAGGUCCCUACAGAAUGUCCAUCAUCCAGCAACUUCUGCAAAACUGUUGCAUCACCGAAUGAAUUCUCUCGGACAUGUGAGGAGUUCUGCGUCCCUGGAGUGAACACCUUCUGCUGUCAGGAGGACCUGUGUGGCUGAAGAGCAGCUCAUCUCCAUUUACAAUGAUGUAGCCUUACAAGAAACCAAUAAUUUAGAUAAUAAUCCAUAAAAUUACAAUACUUGUAUUUGCUAGCUCAAGUGAUUAGAAAUAUAUCAAUAAAAAUGCACUUUUGAAAUCUG